CUUUAUUUCCAUCGACGUUGGAGAAGUGCAGCUGCUAUUUUGAGACGUUUUCAUCUUCUGUGAUUCUUCAAGUUGUGUUUGUCUGUCUGUCCAUUGGAAACUUGUUUCGAUUUCUUCUCCCGUGAGGCCAUAGCAUCAAUUUUCAUUUCGGUGGCAGAACGGAUAGUGAUACUACUGGGACGAGAAAAGAAUGUACUAGUAGAGAGAAGAGAACCAACCAAAAUGCAUUUAUUCCCCUUCCUUAUCCUCUUCUUCUUCCCUUCUUCCAUCACCAAUUCCUCGGAUUCCAAAUUUCACGUUCCCCCAAAUGCAUCACCAUUAUUAAUGAAGGUUUUCUCCCCAUACCUACAGCUCAUUUUGCCUACUUUUCCCUUUUUUAGCUUCUAUCUAGCCUUGGCUCUUAUUUAUGGGUGGUUGUCCUCACCUUCAAAUACAGAAGUAGAAGAUAGAACACUCUUGCUGUCUCACUGACUCACUGUCCAUGUCACAUUUACGUUCCGUGUCUGGCUGGGUAUUAUUAAGAUUGUUUGGACGCGAAGAGGUGGUGCAAUAUACACUACAGAAAGUCCAUAGGAUUUACGUACUUGAAUGACUCGUGUUCGUAUUCAGGGGCAGCCCUUUUUUCUGGGGCGUUUUUUUUCUUCCUCCUCCUCUGGUUGUCUCCUUCUCUUCUUUCUUAUGUUUGGUAGUCAGCAUUUAUGUUUGUCCGUACGUCCCCUCUCGUUUUCGUCGUUUCUACUGGGACCGUCUUCUUGUUUUUCCGCCAUCUUUGGGGUUGUCCUGAAUCCUGAUGGCUACAGAGGUUGUUGUUGAGGUCUGAACGUGGGCUCCGCUCUUUGAGUGGUUGGAAAUGUCAAGUGGAGCUCUUUGUCAGCGGACACGGUGGACUUGUUUACGCCAUGUGAUAAGAAAACACCAAAACCAAAAAACCAUUCAAGUUUAACAACCCAUCCCUAUUCCCUACCUACCCAAACUUUACACUUCCCAGUUGGUUAUAUACUUCCCAGAUGGUUAGCGUGUGAGCUUUUAUUCUAAGGUAUACUUGUAUUGUAUAUAUGAAAAUGUCUUGUUAUGGUUUCAAAUUAAAUAAGUAAUAUAUCUCUGCUGAUUUCGAUCAUGUGUCGAUUUGGGGUUUAGGUGUUUGGUGAAGGAAGGAGAGAGCCCAAGCUUUUAAGGAAGCAGGGUGCUGACUGACUUCCAAGUUGUUUGUGGCGAUGGCGGGGGAAGAGAUAAACCAGAAGCUUUUGACCAAAACUGUCGAGGCAGAAGGCGAGGAAGUACCCUUGAAGUCCAAGAUAUGGACGGAGACCAAGAAGAUGUGGGUUGUGGCUGCCCCAGCUACCUUCACCAGGUUCUCCACCUUCGGCAUCAAUGUCGUCAGUCAGGCUUUCAUUGGCCAUAUUGGGUCAACUGAACUCGCUGCUUAUUCCCUUGUCUUCACUGUCCUCUUGAGAUUCGCUAAUGGCGUCCUGCUGGGCAUGGCUAGUGCUUUGGAAACUCUUUGUGGGCAAUCAUUCGGGGCGAAGCAGUACCACAUGCUGGGAGUUUACCUGCAGAGAUCGUGGAUUGUUUUGAUCAUGUGCGCAAUUCUGAUGCUUCCGAUAUUCGUCUUCACUACUCCGCUCCUGGAGCUAUUGGGCCAAGAGGCUUACAUCGCUGAGGUUGGGGGAACUAUUUCACUAUGGUUGAUCCCAGUGAUGUUCUCCUCCAUCGCUUCCUACACCUGCCAGAUGUUCCUUCAGGCACAGAGCAAGAACGUGCUCAUUGCAUAUUUGGCUGCAGCUUCCAUGACCAUCCACUUGUUCCUUUCCUGGCUGUGGACCAUAAAGUACAGGUAUGGGAUCCCAGGAGCAAUGAUAUCCACGAUUCUGGCUUAUUGGAUCCCCAAUAUAGGUCAGCUGUUCUUUGUUACUUGUGGUGGCUGCCGUGAAACGUGGAAGGGUUUCUCGUUCUUGGCGUUCAAGGAUCUGUGGCCUGUUGUGAAGCUCUCUGUUUCAUCUGGGGCUAUGCUUUGCCUUGAGCUUUGGUACAACACAGUGCUAGUGCUUUUGACAGGUAACAUGGAGAAUGCCGAGGUUGCUAUUGAUGCUCUUUCUAUCUGCCUCAACAUCAAUGGAUGGGAGAUGAUGAUCUCACUUGGUUUCUUAGCAGCUGCCAGUGUGAGGGUGUCGAAUGAGCUUGGGAGGGGCAACGCCAAAGGUGCCAAGUUCGCUAUUCUGGUGACGGUUGCAACAUCAUUCCUCCUUGGGGUCCUGCUAUUCCUCGUUUUCCUGUUCUUGAGAGGGAAGAUUGCUUACCUGUUUACGGAGAACCUUGAGGUCGUCCAUGCUGUCUCUGAUCUCUCACCGCUACUGGCCUGCUCCAUUCUCCUCAACAGCAUUCAACCAGUUCUCUCCGGUGUUGCUCUUGGAGCUGGAUGGCAGAGCAUCGUUGCAUACGUCAACAUAGCUUGCUAUUACCUUGUUGGUAUCCCAGUUGGAGUUGUUCUUGGAUAUGUGUUUGGCAUGCAAGUUAAAGGUGUCUGGAUCGGGAUGCUGUUUGGAACAUUCAUCCAAACCAUCAUUCUCGUCGUGAUCACCUACAGAACUGACUGGGACAAACAGGUUGUUCUUGCUCGUAACCGUGUCAACAGAUGGUACAAACCAGCAGCAGAACCUGAGGAGCAAAGUUUGGUGUCUUCCUAGGUUUCCACUAGCAGUAGCAACUUAGAUUCUUUUGUGUGCAAAUUCACCUGAUAUAGUCCAAGCCUCUCUUUUCCCUUCCAUCCGAAAUCCCCCCUUUUGUUACUGCAGUUAGAAAGAUCUGCAGAGUAGUAGUAUCUCCAUUUCCCAUUAAUGACAAAAAUUGUGUAUCAUCUCCUAAUGUUUACAGUAAUGCCAGUUUCUCUUCCCACAGUCUCAAUUCUAUGUCACAGAUGUUAACACAACAGAAUGAAAGAAAAACAAUUGCUCUAAUCAACUUCACUGUUCACCAAAAGUUCUUAGGCGUGUGUAUAUGAUGCCUAGACCCUCCACCACCACGGCCACCUCUAUGAGUAUCAGUAACAGCAAACCGCGAGUAUCUCCUCGCCCUGUUUAUCUUCAUCCUCACGCCUGGAACCUUCCUCCCCACGGCCUGCCAUAUCAUUUGUACAGCAUCGCCUUCCACAGAAGGGUACUGGAACUGGAAGAAAUGCUCGACUUCCUUCAACCUCGUCCACAUUCUCGUCCACUCUUCCUUCUUGAUGCUCCUGAUGAAGUUGAUCAAGAACUUGUCCUUCACCGCGUCGGAGGUCUUGACAAACACGCAGAACUCGGAGUAGUCCAGGACGUCCUCGUAGGGGAGCUCGAUCUCGUCGCUGAUGAUCACGGGGACGCAGUGGCUGGCGAUGGCGUCGAAGAGGCGGUUCGACGAGGGUGUGUCCCCGGCUAUGUUGAGGCAGAACUUGGAUGAGUGCAUGCCUCGGGAGGCCUUGUGGAUGCCGUCUUUCUUCACGCUGCCGAACUGGAAGUGCACGUCUUUUUCGUCCUUGAGUAGGUAGAACAGCUCUUGCCUAGCCAGUCCACCCUCUUUCCUGUAAAUGGCACCCUGGAAGUAGAGCAGAGUUGGUCUGGUGUCAUACUCCGAGCUAUCAUUGACAUAGCUCUUAAUGAUAUGCUUGUAAGGCGCAAUCACAUCCUUGUCCACAUUCGCCACAUUGGGCGGAUACCUGCCGAAAUCCGACAACACAAACAUCGCCGGCCACAGCUUCAUCCUUGCGCUCAGCAUACUAUUCGGGUGGUGAGCCAUCACCAGAUGAUCCCUCCCGCCGGACCUUUUCCACUCCGGCUGUGAAGUGAGGUACUUCACCACUUUGUCCUGCAACUCAUUGUUCCUGCUCUUCUUCUGGUGCGGGUUCAGCUUCGAGUACCGGUUGUAGCUCAGGGAAGAGAAGAAGGGCACGAAUAUGAUGUCGGCUUCGCUUGAAUUCCGGACUCGAAUUGCACUACCGGCUCGAGGAAUCUGAGGGACUUCAGAAGCCAGAAGGUCCAAUGUAAGCCAGUACUCGAUACUGUGCUGUAGAUUGAGUCCGCCUGGGUAACCGGGUAUGUGGGUUUUUAUGUCCGGCCAUACCCGACCCGGUUCAGGCUUCCAACCCAAUAGCUCGAAGUGGAACUCUGGAGGCAUAUCGUACAUGAAAACCUUCAAUUGUGGUUGUUGCUGCUGCGGUUUGGUGUUGACGAGGCUUCUUUCGCCAUUGCAAUUCACAUCAACAUUGACACUAGUAGCUCUGGUUUCGGGUCUUGUUACUGCUGCUGCUGCUAUGGGCUUAUCAUCAUUCACGGGCUUGGGUCCGGCGUCAAGAUUGGCGGUGGUGGCGGCGACGAUGUUGUUGAUUUUUUCUGGUUUUGUGGGCUCGGUGUCGUCGACGAGGAUUGCGCGAGUCCUGGUGGAGAUGGAGCUGGGAGUGGAGAGCUGUUGCUGAAUGGGGAUGUCGCUUUUAACGACGGAGAGAGUGGUGACCGUCGGUAAAAAUGCGCGGUCGAGGAAGCUUGGGCGGGCGGUGGAGGAGCGGAGGACGAAGAACCAUGAGAGCAUGAGCACGGCGGAGACAAACGGGAAUACGCAGAAUAGGAGCUUUCUCGCGGCGAACCCAAUUGACGAGCCCCCGUGUCUGUAUUCGCCCAUCGGAAAGGGGGGAAUGAAUAAAAGCACCCCUAAUAUUGCAAUCUCCGGAAGAAGACGACGGCCGGUUAUUUCCCUCCGGCGAGCUGAAAAAUUCUCUCAGACGAAAAUUCAAUGGCGUUCCAGUGAACCAACACGGGAAACCAACGGAAACCCAGAUUGCAGAAUCGGUUUCUGUGUGGAACCCAGAAACUGAAAAGACGCAAUCAUGCGGAAUGAAGCGAAUGCAGAUAUGUAAAGAGAGAAAGAAGAGGAACCAAAUACACGGCAGAAAGAACUAUCGCGUCUUCCUUCCCCUCGCCGCCGAAAGAGUUUCGGCACUGAGCUCCGUCCGCUUGAUUCUUGGUGGGUCUGCAACAACAAAUCAAUCUCUUUUUUCCCGUUAUUUCUGUUUCUUGAAUUUCAGAGAGCGAGAGGGAGAGGAGUAGAGGUGGGGGAGGAAGAAUUUUGGGAUGAGGAGAGGGGAGAAGAUGGCGGAGGAAUAGGAGGAUGAGGUAGCUUAUGGAGUUGUCUGGUGGAGGUGAUGCCUGUUGGACCGCCAUUCUCGUUUUCCUCUGAAGCUAUUUAUGGUUUUGAUUUUCCGGGCCUUUUGUUUUCUUCUGCAGUUCCAAGAAGAGCAGAAAGAAAGAAAAGAGAUGGAUAAUUACUAAUUAACAAUCAGGAGACACGGCCUCGAAUCAAAAC